AUGGUAAAAUGUAUAUACCGUGUCUAUUUUGGGAAUUUGGCUCAAAUGGUCACUCGACCGCUAUUUAAACAUGUGGGUAGCGCAUACGCCUACCAAGUUCUACCUAUUACCAAUUUGCGUUCCUUAUCUACAAAGAGUUGUCCGUUGGAAAGUAAACUAAAUCGUUCAUAUUCUGUGCAGUUUGGCGAUUCUGAACGACUGAUGCCAUGUUUUAGCAAAGGCGGAUCUUCGAAAAAUGUGCAAAAGCAUUUAUACGAGCUCCGACAAUUGAAAAGUGUAUUAAGUGAGACUUUUGGAGUAACUGAAUACGCCUCUUUUUUUGGGUCCUUACAAAAUACCUUGCAUAUAAAGAAUUGCUCGGAAAGCGAAAAGAAGAAACUUUUAUAUGAUAUAAUUUUGCAUCAACAUGAGUUGUACCCUGAGGUGGCAAGAAAGAUUGGAUUUUAUAUACCAGAUGAGGUCCACAAGUGGUUCUGGCAUCAUAUUCCAAAAUCUGAAUCUUUCAAUCACUAUCUCUUUCUUUUGAAAAAUGACGUUCUUCUCUCCACUUCUGGCUACUGUACAAAGUUUACCAAUAGGUUGAUGAAGGGUACUGAGAUGGAGAGGCAGUUGGCCACAUUCCAAAUUUUUUUGCAUGAUGAAACAAACAUAAAGUUGAUAAUGGAAAAAGUGCUGAAAUUGCAUACAUUUGACAGCUUAGCCGCCUUAGUGAAUGGCCUUGCUAAGGCGAAAGAUUUCAGAUUUAUUAAAGUAUAUAUUCAAGCCCUACUACAGAAAUUGGAGCAACACUGUUAUUCUGGUGAAGAUGGAGCAAAGCAAAAAAGCUUACGUUUUGUCAAGUUCAAUAAUACCUUACUUUAUUACCUUUUGAAAAGUGGAAAUGUUGAGCUAUUCAUCAAGACCUUCCAAGAGGAACUAAAAUUCAUUAUAAACUCAGGAUUACUUAAUCACAUCGAUGGAAAGGAACAUAUAUUAAAUUUUCCUAUUCAUCAUUACCUGAAUUUGCUUCGAAUAUCUAAUAGGCAGGAAGAACUUUUCAAUGUAAUUUCCUGUUUACAAAGCAGUCCACUGAUGAAGUAUAAAUUGUUCAAGGAAUUUUUAAUGGGCGAACUAAUUGCAUCUUUUCAAGCCUUCCGCGACCCAAAAUUGGUGUGUAAAUACCUCCUCUCAUCGUACAGCUUGAAACCGUCUGCUAAUAUUUUGAAUGCUCUAGGGAUUUGGGGGUGGCUCUAUCACACAAAAUCAACGACUUUAACAGUGUCUGAGUUAGAAAAAGAGUUGAAGAACAACAAUAAUAUCCUGCCGAACACAAUGCGAAUAGCGUCGCCAGUAACUGUUCCAAUUUUAACUGAACUGUAUAGAAGCCUCUUGUCUUCUAGUUUUGUUUCAUUGGAAAGGGGUCAAUUUAAGAAUUGUCUUCUUGAUUUAUAUUACAAGUACAGGAGUUUUCUUUCUAGGGAAGCUCGUAAGUAUAGGUACUGGAGAAAUGAUACCGGAAUCCUGAACGUUUUUUUGAAUUACAUUAGAUUUCAAGCUCGUGAGCCAAGACUGGCCUAUGAUGUUCUUUUGGAUUUUUAUUCUCAACCUUUCGCCAAAAAUGUGAAUUUAACGACCACACUAUGUCCUUUUUCCAUAGUGGCUUAUAAAAAUCAUGCGUUAACGCAAGUGGAAUUAUCAGAACUGCUACAGGUAAUGCAUAAAAAUAGGGUGCCCCUAACGUUCAAAUUUUGCUCCGCAAUGGUAAUGCAUUACAUCAAAAUGAGAGACGAAAAAGGAGCACGCUCCUGGUAUAAUAAGAUACUUUUUGGAGGCUUUGAAAUAAGGCAUAUGGCCUUGAUACAGAUAAUAAAAGACCAAGGUUGGCCGUUUCCAAAAAAUUUUGACGAAACAUUACUGACGGAAUUGAUUGAAAAUAGUAGCAUCAAAGAACCUACGGACAGCACCUUAUUUACAGAUGAAGAUAUGUUUGAAGAAAGUAGUGAGCCUAGAUUCAAUGAUGACGAUGUUAAUAAAUGUACAAAUAUUAUAAGAGAGACAUUGAAAAUUCUAAAUUAA